CCGUCGUUGUUGUGCUGCAUUGAUUGACAUAUAAAUUUUCAUUCAAACAUAUUGAUUUUUCUGGACCCAUGUGGUCGGUUGCUCUCCCAAUAAUAUAUGUUAGUCCUCCCUAUGGAUUCAGUGCGACAAUCCAAAAUGGCUACCGGAGGCUCUACUGGAAUGGGGGAUCAGCACUGGCUGGUGGUUGUCGGUGUUAGCGGCGCCCUGUGUGCCGUCGUGUACACGGAUAUAGCUAACCUGGAUAUGCUGCAGACAGCAGCUCGUAGCCUCUUCCUUCUGGGGAUUCUGACUGCUGCUGUCCAUCUGUCUUGGAACAUGAUUGCUGCACUGUUCAAGAGAGACCCAGAGCCACAUCCACAUAGAGGUAGUAAGGUUCAUACAGAGGAAGAUGAAACUCGCUUGCAACAAAGACUGCAGGAGGCCCGAGAGAGAGUACAGAAGGACCACGAGGUCAAGGCUAUUGACUAUGCUGAAAGAAUUCUUAAACCAAAGGAGGCAGCAGAACUGGAGAAGAAGGAGAAGGAACACUACAGGUUCAUUGGUGGGCCAAAGUUCAAAGGGCAAGGCUGGGCACUGGGGUAUGGAGAUGGAGAAACUCAUGCAGGAAGUAGUCAGGUGUACGGUGGCGCCAGAGAUGCAGCAAUUGCACGGAAACUACCAGAGAGUGCUGUCCCCAAACUUGCCCCACAAGCUGCCGAUGUCAAACGGCGAACAAAAAGGGUGAUUACGUUGCCACAGGAGCCAGCUCCUGGCGAACCUGAGACCGUGACCGUAGGACUAAAAUGCCCAAAUGGAAAAGUCCACCGAAGAAGAUUUCACACUGCUACUGCCGUACAUAUCCUUUACGACUGGAUGCAGACCCUCGGCUACCACCCGACUGUCUACGGCAUCAGCAGCACCUUCCCCCGGCGCAGCUUCGACCCCCACCGGGACCGGACACUCGCGCAGGUCGGCGUCACAACCGACAUGGUCGUCAUGGUGGACGAAAGGGACUCUGAGGAAGAGGGCGACUGACAACACGCUGUCCAUGUACAAUGAUGAUAGUCAAAGGAAAACAGUUAACUGGCGAUAGUUUAUAUAAUGAAUUCGCUGCAUAUAUGUUACAAAAGUCGGUACUAAUGGGCAACGGAGAAAAGGGUCUGCCUGUUUUAUGGAAGCGUAUGUUACUUCAUGUCAGCUUUAGAACAUCAUAGUCUACAAAAUACCGUGCUAGAAUCGACAGAUGAUUUGACGUUGAAUAACAUAAAUCGUGAAUAUACACAUGUACCCCAUUAUGUCGACCGUUCAUAUCACGAGUAUGAUUUCAGUGUUUACAAAGUGUUGCCACAUGGACAUCAUUGCGUUGGCAAUCUUGAAGUCGUUUUUCUCGGGAAAUGAAUAUAAUGGAAAGCUUAAUCAGAGUUGAUUUCCUUCCGCCAUGUGUGUACAAGACUGAAGUCACAAGUAUAUCAUAUCAAGUGGCCAUGCAGAUAUCUAUAUAAAUCACAAAUAAGAUGCAGGUAUGUGAAUACUCCACACACACGCUAGCACAGAGAAGUAAAUAGUAAUACGCGAAUUCAAUAAAUACGUAAAAUAGAUUAAUGGAUAUAGAUAUGGCCGUAGUAUAGUUUCUACCAGACUCCGGGUCGCUGGGAAAUCGUAGAAAUGGAAUAAAUAGAUAUUCCCUAGCCGGCUAUACUUCUCUGGCCGGCGUACUGCUCUAUUUGUUCCAUUUCUACGGUUUUCGAGCGACCCGGAGUCUCUGUAGAGACUAGCCGCAGUAGGUGCUACCUCUCCUGUUCUCCUAGUAGAAGUUUUAGUCGGAAGGUAAGUGGUGGACGAGCUUUUUUACGUCUGCCCACAUAAAAAAUCCCGGUCACUACUUUCCCCCGAAUAAUAUCCAUUCUCAGAGUCCUUACUAAUUACAGUGAUGUAUGUCAGGUUUGACAUUCUUCUUGUUCCAUGCAGGACCUUUGUACUUUGAUUUAUUGUUACGGUCUUGUAUGGUAAUUCAAUGUAUCUCAUAUCUAUAUUAGCAUGAAAGCUCUUAUGUGCUAUAUCUAUAUUAAAUGCAGUAUUCAAAUCAG